AUGGCUCUCGCCUUGAUUCAGAAAGUGGCUUUGGUUUGGGCGUCUCGUCUGUGGAAUAGGGUUCACCCGACGAAAUCGACGAUCGUUUCAACAGCCAAGACUCAGGCGCCUCAAGAUGGAGAGGUUACUUCUCCCAUAGGUCGGCUUGUAGAAGCUGGUCUCGACACGUUGGUUGUCGGUCGCAGGGCUGUGGGCGGUAUCAGAACACUGAGCACGACGAGAACACCAAUUAUAUGCCUCGUGCCCGAGAUUUUCAACAUGAACUAUCUUUCGUCCUUGACUUGUCGGUCUCGCCUCCUACCAGCGUUGUCCUCUGUGUUUCAGGACCUUAAUCACAUUGAGUCUCGUCAACUACGAGAUUAUGCAUCCGCAUCUCAUGGCAUCCCCACAGGCAGUCUUCAAAGCACAGCUCAGAAUCAUGAAUCCAAUGACUUUGGACACCUAAUUUGGAGGCUUAUACGUGCGCAGAUACCCGCUUGCGAAGAGACUAAAUUCUCACAGCAACAAUUCCGAGGAUUGACGCGUCCGGAGGAAUACUCAAGAGUACCGGCCAUUGAUGCCAUGAUUGCGUACGGAACUAUGUCAAAGGAUGAAGCUUCACUCCAUGAAGAAACCAGCCUUGCGACUAAUGAUGGAUGUGAAGUGAAUCAGGGUCGCGAUGUCCUAGAGACGUUGUCAGACAUCGAUAUGGAGUUUGACCAGAAUACGUCGCCUUCAUGGACCGUUGACGAGAAUCCGCUAUUGCCUUCUUCACCCCUGACUAUGAACUUACUCAUGGACCGGAGCGAGCUCAGACACGAGCAUGAAGCAUUCGACGAUGAGGAUGGCUACCCAGAAGAUAUUUCGGACUACGAAACCCAUCUAGAAGCUUAUAGCUCACCACUCUCACCACGACCCUCCUCGUACUUUGUAAGAACUUCCGAACCAAACAGCGAGGCCGACUCAGAGGGGCAUACGCCGAAUCAAGCUUUCAACUUGGCAGAUACAUCACUGCCACCUCUUAUUUCAUUGCGAGAACUGGUCGCGGUCGGUCCUGCAAGUUACAGUGAUCGGUCGAACUUCGGCCCUGAUAACGGCGAGAACGACUUCGGAGAAGGCCACCAUGCUAAUGACCACCAAAGGCAACGGUCGAUUUCUCUCGUAUCAUACUGCGAUUGGCAAAGUGACGAGGACGAGGAUAAGGGGCCGCUCUCGGAGCUGUCGUUCCAACCAACCAGGCAUGACCGCCAAGCGGAUGAUGAUGAUGAUGGGAUCUGGCCAAGCGAAGUCUUCUCCGGAAGCGAAAUUGACCUUUACGAUGAUCAAAUCGAGUAG